AGAAACUUUGUGAUCAUGUUAUAUUUGAUUGCAAUCAUUUAUCGAACAAGGAAGAAAUAAUUAUUAUGCGAAAAUAUGCGAAAGAAAAUAAACGUUUCACCGUAGGCAUUGCACUGAUUUUUUAUUUUUACAUAAUUAUCUUAACGUCACCAUCUGUAUCUCAUAUUUUUCUAUAUAUCACCGGUGAGACGAACGAUACUCAAUUGAUAUUACCAGUUGCUAUCGAUACUCUUUUACUCGAUAUAAGAUUAUUUUAUCUGAUAUUUUCCAUUCAAUUAUUCAUAUUAUGGGUCAUAACAACAGUAGCAAUCGUAAAUUAUGCGACAUUUUUAUUAUGCGUAACGCAUGCAUGUGCCUUAUUAAGUAUCAUAAUAUUUAAGAUUGAUCAACCGUUAAAGAAAAAUUCACAUAAACUUUCGUAUGAUUGGUCUUCUACAGCAACGUACGAUACAUACAAUUGGAUCAAAGAUAUAGUGAAUCAUCAUGUAAAUGUAACGGAAUUCAUCGAUCUGCUCAAUCUCUUAUGUGAACAAAUAUAUUUAAUUCAGAUGAUGUUAGGGACGUUAUGCUUUACUACAGAUUACAUUUAUAUAUUACAGAUUUCUGACUUGAUCAAAAAUAUAAACGAAGCAAUUUUAUGUAUUAUUUAUAUUGGAGGAUCCGUAAUUACCAUUUAUCUUAAUUGCUAUAUCGGACAAAGAUUAUUAGAUCAUAGUGCAAGCCUUUUAGAGAAUUUAUAUCAAGUUUCAUUCUAUGCACUUCCCAUAAAAUAUCAGAAAGAUUUAUCAAUGUUAUUAAUGAGAAGUCUUAAACCAUGUAUGCUUUCAUUCAAAGGAAUGUACAUAGUUUCGAAUGAUUUCUUUGCACGAGUAAGGAUUAUAUUAUUAUUUUUGAUAUUACAUGUAUAUAUAUAUAUACUGUGUAUUAAAAAUCAAUGUAUUUUUUUAGUACGUUCAAACAUCAUUAUCCUACGCAAUGAUAUAUCGUAA